AUGAACGGAGCACUUACAGACAACACUUUCUCGCCGAAGCAGGCGCUGGCUCCGACACCCGAGCUAUACAACGAGCUCGCCUCAGGUGGCGCGGACAAAGUAGCAAUGGCCUCACUCGCCUGCACGGCGCCGAUCCCCGCCGGGUCGGUAGUCCACGACAACGGCUGCGGCACAGGCUUCAGCAGCGCCGCCAUACUGGCCAGUCUCGCGGACGGCGUCAAGCCGGGGGAUAUCGCAAUCAAGGCCACGGAUAUGUCCGAUGACGCGCUGACGGCCUACCGCAUGGCUGCUGAGAAGAGGGCUGCCGACUGGCCUUCCACGGCCUGGGAGACGCAGCAGAUGGACGCCAGCAACCUCACUUUCGCGGACGAGACUUUCACGCACUCGUUCAUGUCGCUGGUCAUCUUCGUGCUGUCGAACAAUGGCGUUGAUGCCAUGAAGCACGUCUACCGCACGCUCAAACCCGGAGGAACAGCCAUUGUCAAUUACUGGUCGGAUCUGCCGAAUUUGCCCGCAUUACGGGCAGCGGCUGAAGCGACGCGUCCGAGUGGCACGCCGCGCAUACUUGACAUGAUGGGGGAUUGGUUUGGCCCGGACAAGCUGCGCAAGACAAUGGAAGAAGCUGGGUUCUCUCCCGAAAAGGUCUCGGUGCAAGAGGUCGAUAUCCCAAUCAAGCUCCCUGACAACAGCAUUGACCGAUUUGCCUUUAUGCUGUGGAGUUUUCUCGGGGGGUCAACGUCGGCGGGGUGGCUCCGUUCUGAUGAGGAGCGCUGGGAUGAAGCAGUUGGCAUCGUUGCAGACAAGCUGAGGGCAAGCAAGGGAUACAAGAAGUUGGAGGACGGUACUGAGCAUCUGGCUUUCAAGGCGGCCAUUACCGUCGCAACCAAGUGA